GUCAGUGCAGUUCUGUCAGACCGUGCGAGGGGGGAGCUCCUUGUAUUGUAUACGGACUCUGACUACAAAAAAGUGUAGUGGCAGAGCAGUAUUUUAGGAGUGCCAGUCAGACAAGUACUGUAUCAUAGAAUGGAAAAUGAGAAAUGGUCCGAAAUGGUCGCAAAAGUAGCUUUGGCAGUUGCCAUCAUUCGAUGUAAACCAAAUGGGAAAAGUAGCAGAAGGUAUGCUGAAGAACUGGCCAAACAUGUUUCUAGUCACGAUGCCAAGAUGAAGAAUAAAGUUUUGGAAUUGGAAGCUGAAGUUCUCAGUUUGCGGCAAGAGCGUCUUUUACACAAAAUUCAUAGCAAAUCAAACUUUGAACACGAAUACAUUGGCUUGGCAUCAGAGCCACUUGAAGAUUCCCGAUCAACGAGUCAAUUAGAAGAUGAUUCUGGGUGUGAUAUUUCUAAUGAAGAUGGAGUAGAUAAACUGACAGUUUGUCAAAGUUCUAACAACUGUGACUUACCCUUAACAAGUCUGUCAAGUUUUGCUUCGCCUUCAAAUCCUCUUCCAAUUAAAAAAUGCAUUACAGUUGGUAAAGGACAGCUGUCUAGUCAGAUCGACUUUCUUAAUCAUCUUCUUGGACUGCGAAAACUGGCAACAGUAGGAGGCCAUCUAACAAAUUUGACAGAGUUUGGGAAUGAUAGUGGUAUAGUACCAGAGUCUGUGUCUGGACUGCUGAAUGGUUUACUUAGUUUGUAUAAAAAUCCAAAUCCAUCUGUCUCAAAAUUUCAAACUGAAGCCAUUAGAACUGUGACAAACCUCAUCUCUGAUUCACACUUAUCCAAGAAUAUUCUCAGAGAGUGCAUGAAGAGGUUAGAAACUUUUGAAAAAAGUAUACUCCAGAUUAUCUUAACAAACAGCCAAAUAAACAGGUUUCAGAAUCAGCAAGCUAUGUUAGAUUGUCUGUAUCAGCUGGGGAAAUGUUCCAAGGUUAAUGGACCCUUAAUACAUCUCCUUUUUUCUGAAAUCAAGAAUUUUGUUGAUGAACUCCUCCAACACCAGGGUCAGGAAAAUUACGACAUUACCAAGUAUGAGAACAUCCCAUUGGUAUGUUCUUUGUUGGAAAAUCUUCUUCAGCAUAUAAAAGAACAGGAAAUACUGCAUUCUGAAACCUUUAAUGAUGGAACAAAACUGGUUGUAAAUAGCCUUUACCACACAGUACUUCAGAUUUCUGAUAGUUUUCCAUUGCUAAGUAUUAUCCUGUGGAGGCUAACAACUCUAUUUUCAUGUAGAGGCACUGAAGACAGCUAAUUUUUGUGUCCACCAUUUGUUGGAAGAAGUUAUUUAUAAAAGUGAUAUAGUCUCCACUUUUAAAUACUGUAUUUUUUAUAUGAUUUUAAUUUCCAUUUGAAGAAUAGGAUGUUUUAUGUAUUGUCUUUUUUUUUUGAGAGAAACCACAAUUUGAUCUUUUUUUCCCAAAAUAAAAAAGGCAUUUACAAAAAUGCACGCCAAAAAUGUAAUCUAUACACUAAACCUUCAAAAUUAUUUUCAGCAUUCCUAUUUUUUUUUUAACUGUCUCUUCUUUCUCAGAAUAGUUUUUUGUAAAGCUGCCCAUGGCUAGGCCAGUUCAGCAGGCAAGCUGAACAUGUUAACAUCAAGGGGUACUACAUACCCCCUACUCAUUCACGCUUGGUAGAGAUCUAGAGGACCCUUUGCCUGCACUUGCAAUGCACAGUAAGCAGAAAACAACAUGAUUCCAAACACCGCAUGAUUCUUCCUUUUACUGUGUGUGUGUAAUGCACAGUAAGCAUAAAACCUCACAUAAUUAUUUUACCGUGCGUAUAACACACAAAAAGACCCACAUAAUUCCUCCUUUGACUGUAAUUUCUAACACCACAUGAUUCUACCUUUGACUGUGCAUGUAACAUGCAGUAAACAGAAAAUUAUGCAUGAUUCAUUCUUUGAAUGCACUUGACAAUAAAAAAAAAACCUGGAAGCCAAUUGGUUUCUAUGCAGCGCUACACUAGAUUUUGCACUCCAGUUUUAUUAAAUCAACCCCUGUAUUACAUCUUGUAGUUCUAACACAAGGUCAGCAGUAUAAUGCAUUGCAUCACAUUUUGUAAUGUCUAACACAAAGUCUGGAGUAUAAUGCACUGUAUUACAUCUUGUAGUGUGUAUGACAUUGAAGACUUACAAUGCCUGCCCUCUUUCUCUUG